GCCCCCCUUCCCACGCCCAGUGCGCUGUGGGAUAGUGGCACUAUAAAGUAUAUCCUCUCUCGGAGAAAGAUAAGAAGCCCGAGACGGGAGGGGAUGAAGAUGGCGGACGCCAAGCAAAAAAGGAACGAACAGUUGAAACGGUGGUUAGGGUCGGAGACAGACAUCGAGCCUCCUAUUCUGAAAAAGAAGAAGACGAAGGUGAAGUUCGACGAUGGCGCCGUGUUUUUGGCUGCCUGCUCAAGCGGCGAUACCGAGGAGGUGCUCCGAAUGAUUGACCGGGGUGCUGACAUCAACUACGCCAAUGUAGACGGUCUGACUGCCCUCCACCAGGCAUGCAUAGAUGACAACGUGGACAUGGUGACGUUCCUGGUGGAACAUGGAGCUGCCAUCAACCAGCCUGACAAUGAGGGCUGGAUCCCCCUCCAUGCCGCAGCCUCCUGUGGAUAUAUGGACAUAGCAGAGUAUCUGAUUGGCCAGGGAGCCAGUGUGGGGGUGGUGAACAGUGAGGGGGAGACACCACUGGACAUCGCUGAGGAGGAGGCCAUGGAGGAGCUCCUGAAGAAUGAGAUCAACCGACAAGGCGUGGACAUCGAGGCGGCCAGGAAGGAGGAGGAGCGAAUCAUGCUGAGGGACGCCCGGCAGUGGCUCAACAGCGGAACCAUCAACGACGUCCGACACGCCAAGUCCGGGGGGACCGCACUCCACGUGGCCGCCGCCAAGGGAUACGCUGAGGUUUUAAAGCUUUUAAUCCAAGCAGGGUAUGAUGUAAAUAUUAAAGACUUUGACGGCUGGACCCCGCUCCACGCUGCUUCACAUUGGGGCAAAGAGGAGGCCUGCAAGAUACUGGUGGAGAACCUGUGUGACAUGGACCUUAUCAAUAAAGUGGGUCAGACUGCUUUUGAUGUUGCAGAUGAAGAUGUCCUUGGCUACUUAGAGGAAUUACAGAAAAAGCAGAAUCUGCUCAAUAGUGAAAAGAAGGAUGUUAAGAAGUCUCCCUUGAUAGAAACGACGACCACCGGGGACAACAAUCAAAAUCUAAAAUCCAUUAAGAGCAAAGAGACCCUCCUCUUGGAGCCCGAAAAGCCCGCCCCGCGCAUCGAGACCCUGGAACCGGAGAAGGUGGACGAGGAAGAGGAGGGCAAGAAGGACCAGGAGUCCAGCUGCUCCAGCGAGGAGGAAGAGGAGGAAGACUCUGAGUCUGAGACUGAAGCUGACAAGAGCAAGACGCCUGUCCCUGUGAGCAACAGUAACGGCACUGCUGUGGUGCCAACGCCGACCAGCGUUACGGUGUCCACCUCCCCAACCAGCCCCACUAACCAGGUGACUCUCACCUCGCCUGUCAAGAAGGUGGCCCAGCAGGUGUCCCCUGCCGGUAAGGUCUCUCCUAAAGAGGUCUCCCCUAAAGAUAAACAGGAGGAUGACAAGACGAAGAAAUCGGACGAGUCCCCGGCGUCGUGGCGCCUGGGUCUGAGGAAGACGGGCAGCUACGGGGCGCUGGCGGAGAUCACGGCCACCAAGGAGGCCCAGAAGGAGAAGGACACGGCCGGGGUGAUGCGCUCAGCCUCCAGCCCCCGCCUCUCCUCCUCCCUGGACAACAAGGACAAAGAGAAGGAAAAAGACAAAGGAACCAGACUUGCCUACGUUGCCCCCACCAUCCCCAGGAGACUGGCCAGUACAUCAGACAUUGACGAGAAGGAGAACAGGGACUCUGCUGCUAGUCUGGUACGUAGCGGCUCCUACACCAGGAGACGCUGGGACGAUGAGCUGAAGAACAGUGAAGGAAGCGCUUCCACCAAUCGAACAACACCCAGCUAUCAGCGCAGCACGUCCCACACGCUAACGCUAGGGCGGAGCGGCAGCACGCGGGACGUGCCAGCCAAGUCCUCAUCUGCCUCCAGCUUGGACCCUAUCACCUGUAACACUAAACCCUGGCAGUCGCCCACCUCCCACUACCAGUCUUACAGCAUUUACCGCAGUGGUUCCUUUGGCAGGAGGCACGAGGACCUGGGUUCGACCACCUCUUCCUCCACUAGCACCACCACCACCUCGUUUGUUACCUCUCCCACCGGCCACCGUGACCGCAGCCUGCUCUCCAGCCUGGGCUCCUCCACCCGCACCGGAUCCUCCAGCCUCACCAGCAGGUACUGGGCAGAGGAGAGUGCGGAGAGGGAAAAGGAGCGGGAGAAGGAGUCUGCUGCAGUCAUCCCUACGAUUAACACUGGUUCUACCACCACCACGUCCACUACUGGCACGAUCAUUGGCUCUGAUGGCAGGGAGAGACGCAGGUCCGACACGCGCACAUCGUACCUCACGCCUGUUAGGGAUGAAGAGUCGGAGUCCCAGAGGAAAGCCCGCUCCAGACAGGCUAGACAGUCCAGACGGUCUACCCAGGGUGUGACUCUGACUGACCUCCAAGAGGCAGAGAAGACCAUCGGCAGGAGCCGCCCCACACGGACCCGGGAGGAGGAGAAGGAAGAGAAGGAGAAACAAGACAAGGAGAAGCAAGAGGAGAAGGAGACUGGUGAGACCAAGGAGGACGACUACCGGUCGAGGUACCGCAGCUUCGAAGAGACUUACCAGCGCUACCGUCCCUCCACCACCUCGACCACCUCCACCCUGAGCACGGCCUCCACACCGUCCUCCACCACCUCCAGCUCCCUCAACAGGCCCAACAGCCUGAGCAGCAUCACUUCCUCCUCCAGCUCCCUCAACAGGCCCAACAGCCUGAUGGGCAUCACCUCUUCCUACAGCCGCUCCUCCAGGGACACUGAGAAAGAAUCUGACAAGAAGCAGCAGCAGGAGGAGGAGAAGGAGGGAGAGGAUAAGUCCCAGCCCCGCUCCAUACGUGAUCGCCGGCGGCCCCGUGAGAAGAGACGCUCCACCGGGGUGUCUUUCUGGACCCAAGAUGGGAGUGAUGACAAUGACCCAGACCAGUCGGCGGACUCCGAGGAAGGCAGCAUCAAGGGUGAACCUCAGAGUGACCGACUGUCCAGGAAUGAGAGCAGCACUUCCUCUUCUGACCGCUAUGACCACCUGGGUAGCCGUGGCGAGGGUCGCAGGUCAUUCUCAAGCAGGCUGGACCGAGACGAUAGCACUGACUACAAGAAGCUUUAUGAGCAGAUCCUAGCUGAGAAUGAGAAGCUGAAGUCCCAGUUACGUGACACAGACCUGCAGCUGAAUGACUUGAAGCUACAGCUGGAGAAGGCCACACAGAGGCAGGAGCGCUUUGCUGACCGGUCGCAGCUUGAGAUGGAGAAAAGGGAAAGAAGAGCUCUAGAAAGGAAGAUCUCUGAGAUGGAGGAGGAACUCAAGAACCUCCCAGAGGUAAAGCAGGUUCAGGCCCUGCGUCAGGUCAAGGAGCGGCUGCAGGCAGAGAACAGGGCCCUGGCCCGCGUGGUGGUCAAGCUAUCCCAGUCAGCCUGCAGCCAGCUGCCCCCCUCCGUGGACCUGUAGCCCUGCCCAACCGCUCCUCCUCACCCCCUCACCCUCCCUUCUCAUGCUCCAUUCGUGCUCCGACCUCACCCAUAGACAGACGCUACCAGACUUGAAAUCAGACAACCAGAGACUAAAGGAUGAGAACGGAGCUCUUAUUCGAGUCAUUAGCAAGCUUUCCAAGUAGAACAACCCCCCGCCCUCCUGCGCCCGCCCACUCCUCCAUGGCAGUGACUAAUGGAAUUGCAACUUUUAGGUAUUAAUUGCAAGAGACAUCCGCAACAAGACUCCUUCUCAGCUCUUCUAUGCCUCGCUCCUCUCCCACCACCACCACAGUAUCCUCCAUGUCCACCCUCUCUCCAUUAGGUUAUUCUCCACUUCAACCUGUGGCUCCUCUCCCACCACCACAGUGUCCUCAAUGUCCUCCCUCUCUCCAUUAGGUUAUUCUCCACUUCAACCUGUGGCUGCUCUCCAGAUAGAACCACUGAGUUUACAUUAGCAGAGGAUAGGGUUGUGAACGGUAUGUAAAAGCGUUUGCGGGCGGGGAAGCUUCAACUAUUUAACCAAUAAGCCUUAGUUGUACAUAAAACACUUGUAUCGAUCUCUCGGCUGUCACAGAAGAACAGUUAUUUCACACCUGAUUUUAUUCGUGCCACAAACCUUUAUUUGAUCUUUUUGUUUUCAUUUCCUGUUUGUUCCUCGACCUACAUACAAGGGUUGUGCGAUGUGUAGUUGUCCUUUUCUUUCUGAUCCCCCCCCCCCAGAAAAGUCCUCCCCGUUUUUGGAGGCUCUGCCUCACAGCAGAAGACUUCCCAGUUGUACCCCGUCUUAGUACACGCAACCCCUCCCCCGACACACACCACACACGCACACACACCUCUAUCCACGCCACUCACCCCCUUUCCAUUUCUGUACCUUUGUGUGUCUCCCUCCGAGGUAAAUGGAAUUAUCGCUUUACAGAACAGGUGGACUUGGUGGAAUUUAAGCUUUCACUGUAUGUGCAAUAUGCAUUUAUUUCUAAUAAAAAUGCUUUAAUGAUGAGUCCAUCACUAGUAGGAUUUUCACUCCUCCAUCUUUCCAUCGCUCACCCCUUUCACCGACCCUCUCCCCCCCUCUUUUCUUUAAGGUUGUAGUGUAGGCGUUGGUUUAUACUCUGUAUUUCUCACUUCGUUUUAGCAGGUACUGAGUGAUGCUGUAUAUACCUGUAUGUAUCGUUUGAGACCAGCACAUGGCAUGCAUUAAUGGUUCCCGUCUGUUACUAUUAAAAAUAUACAAACUCCAGAGGACAAAAAAAGUGUGUUUUUAACUAUUUUCUUCAUUUAUAGUCUAAAGACAUUGGAUUACAACCGGGCCUCUCUUAAAUGGAAGGGCUGGCAGUGUUCAGUGCUUUUUCUUUCCAGUUUUAAGUGUUCACGGUAAUUGUGAGAUACGAAUAAUAUAAUUGCUUCACUACAUUUCACACAUUGUAUUCAGUAUCUUUGGAUGAGUGCUGUUCAUUUUCUUUUCAGUUGUUUUUUAAGCUGUAGUAUUAGCCAAGGUGUUGUCACUAAAAGAUCUUAGGUAUUGCUAACCCAGUCCUUUUUACAAUGUCUACAUGCACUGUCAAUGCCAUGUGAGGAGUAUUUGAUGUCAGCCACCAUCAAAUAAAGUCCAUGCAUCAAACACAUUUUAUGCAUUUCAGUGGCCUUUUUAAGAAAAUGUUGCUGAAGUUGGACUGUUGGCCAUCUCCUCUUUUGGUUUACAUUGCUGUUUUUCCUUUUUAAAUUUCCCAUCUUGUAAAAUAGGCAUGUGGCUUCAUACAUGCGAGCUGUGCUGUGACUACCAACCACUGAAGAGUUCAUUAAAAAUAAACUUGUACAUUGUAAA